GUUCGCCAUCUCCAAAUCUCCCAGCCGUUCCGAGCCAAGGAAUCGAUUGAUUUCCCUCGUCAUGCAAGUUGCAGGCUCAACCCCUGAACCCGCCCCGUCUUCUCCGUGAUUAGCGUCGCGACUGGCUUCUAACGCUUGAGCUGCUCAGUGCUUACAGGUGGAAUACAAAUUCAACAAUAAUAAUAAUAAUAAGUUAUCCAUAUUAUUCUUGGCAUUUCAUUUCCAUAGUCAGAAACCAGAUUGUACAGAUUCUACACGACACAUUGGAAUAGCCAACGAUAUGCUCCACUCCAAAGCUUCUGGCCUACGCGCUUCGUUAUUCUAGAUACAUGCGAGCCGUUCAAUUGGAGUAUUAGGUUCUUCGAAUAGCCGUAUCGGCAACCAAUAUGACCAUCGGUUCAACUAACUAUGGAUGAUCCUUGGGGCUCGCCAUGGGCAUCAUCAGAUCUGACAUCCAAACGUGACCCUCCUGCGCCAUCACCACCUAAAAACCUACUCAUUCCGCCUCCAAAAGCCUUCUUCAGCAGCACUUCAAGCCUCCAAACCCUGUCACCCUGGGUAGAUGAUGGGUUUAAAGAUUGGAAGGGCGAUGACCAGCCAGAUAUUACAACUAAGCCGUUGGAUUGGGGGGUCUGGGCAGAUUCGUCCUCGCAAAUAUCUCAUCCAAGUCCAAGACUUAACGACUCGGGAAGAAGAAGUCCUCUUGCAUGGCCGAGUAGCGCCGCCACGUCUCCAGGUCUGAGACCACUUCCACGAUCUCGAUCUCCAUCUGUGUUCCUCCCUCACUCCCCGGACCCAUGGGCAGCGGAAGUAUCGCUACAAGACAGAAAAAAUGAUUUAUCAACAAUAUCGAAUAUACCGGAGAGCCCCAUUGCAAGUGCUCAACGCGAACCGAUUGAGAAGCCCCUACGAGUCGCGCAAGACAAACCCACCCCCAAAGCUAGAAGAAAUGGUGCCCAGUUGAAGAAGAGAGAGAAUAUAAUAAAUAAACAAGCAUCAGAACUGGAACCGACACCGCUAUCACCAAACGCCGAUGGACCCUACAUUUCAGAUACAAACCCGGCGCCCAAAGCUGACAUUCAUAAUACCCCUUCUAGAUCAUCUUCUACCUUCUCAGUCGACAGUACCAAUGGGCCAGACGUUCAAGAUUCGCCGAUUACUUCGAUCGACGAAGACCCCAAAUUGCGAUUACAGGUCGCAUCACGAAGACCCUCGGGUAAAGUUCAGGAACUUGUGGGAAUAUACAAUGGAAUUGAUAAGGCUACUACGGAGGAGCCACACCCACCGACACGACUUGAACCUUCAAGGAACCAAAGUCGGGGGAGGUCACCAAGCCAGGUCCGAAGCACUAGAGGUGAAGAUGACGGAGAUUUCGGGGACUUUGAAGAUGUGCACAGCGAAUACAACAAACCAACCUCCGAGAUAGGCCCCCCGGCCUCGCGCGGAAGGCCAUCGACACCUAGGACUCAGUUACAUGAUACCUCUUUACCGGGCCACUUGAAUGAAUUAACUGAAAGUCCAGCAGUGGUGUCAAGACUAGCUUCGAUACCAGUCCAGCAGCUUAUUGAGAAAUUCGGUCCUAUAAAGUUUGACAUCGACUUUCAAUCCAUAGAUAAACUAUUCUCGGAUAUUCCCCCAGAUGCGGGUGGUAAUACGAGGGAAGCCCAUGAACUUUCAGAUCGUGUCAUUGCAGAUAGCUUUACAACAAUCUCGGAGCGCAAGACGUGGUAUCGGAUCUCUCGCUAUGGGUCGAUGCGCAAACAUGAUUCAGGUGAUGAUGAUAAUUAUCAUAGGGUGGAGUGGUCAACAUCUCGGUUACAUGGUGAUACCAUCAAAAUCGUUCGAAGGUGGAUGGAAGAGGAUUCAAUUUCUGGACGAAUCUCACUCGGUGCUGGUAAACGAGUAAGCGCCUUCAAUUGGGACUCUUCUGCAGCCCCGAUCGAUUUGGGCAAAGUCUUUGCUCGAAAGGCGUCUGCCGCGCAUUCACGAAAUACAUCGGUUCAAUCGCCGACUCAAAGCUCAGCGCGAUCAAUCCAAUCCGUGGAUUCAACUCCCGAACCGAGAAGAUCAAUUCAAAGCCCUAUCAAGCCCCCCGGUGCAAUCUCUAGCCCGAGGGAAAAUUCCUUUCCUAGCUUUGGUUGGAGCUCAGAUGCCAAAAGGUCGUCCUCUAUUCCACCUCCGAUUCUGGGCAAUAACAAUAAAGACAGCCAACACGUGAAAUCUGCAAGCCUGACUUCACUGGCAUCCACCAAGACCGGGUCUAGCACCCAUGUCCCAGCCCCGAUUCGACCACAUCACCAACUUAGCCAGGUUGAACCGGCCUUAGAGGACGAUGAUGACGACGAUUGGGGUGAGAUGGUAUCGUCUCCUCGGGUAGAAACUCAUCCAGCUCCUAUUCUAGCGCCAAAACCGUCCAUUGAUGCUGGCUCGGUCUGGGCUAGCUUUGUCAACAAUAAGCCAAUUCCCGACGGAAAGAAACCAGUAAUCUCCCACGGUAGCAGCAUGUCGAUGCCAAAACUUUCGGUUUCCAUCCCACAAAGCACUCAGGCCUCAAAGCAAGGGGCUAGUCAAUCAAGCUCUUCGAGUGCCAAAGCACUAAGAAUAAAUCCCCCGUGGCCACUCGCGGAUUUUUCCAAUUUUCAAGGCUCCCCUGCAAGUACGCCACAGUCUCCAAGGAAAGACCCUUGGCCACCGGCCGGAUUUUCGGGCUUCGGAUCACCUUUGUCGGGGCCAACGUUGAGUCAGGCGAAUACACUCAAGACCCAGACCAUGGCCAUUCCAACAUCUUUGGAAAUUCCAAUAGUACAGUCAGAUGAGGAGAAGAUUCGAGGAACUGAAGUUCCGGUGAAGGGUAUACUUAGUCCAAUCCAGAAAUCAGACGACGAGCAGGAUCAGGAUGAUGUCGUGAAUAGUAUUGUUCGAAAUCUGCCAGACUUAUCGUACAUGUUACGCUAGCUCGCAUGUUCACAGAUUCAUUAUUCAUUCCUAUGUUUAGGUUCUAUUUGGAGACGGCGAUAGCGGUGAUCGACAAUGGGAGACUUGAGAUGAUUAAGGAUUUUAUCAGAGCCUUACGUUUGGAGUAAACAAAAAGGACGGUUGAUGUCUUGGUUACGAAGCAUCGUUAUAGGCGUUUCACGGGUUUGGAAUCAGAGCGAUUCCCUUCAAUGUUUCUGCUGUACAUUAUGAGUUUUAGCAGUCCAAAGCGAUGCCAAUUACUUUAUAUUUUUUUCAGCCAUUUCUACUUACUUCGUAUAACGCUUCCAACGGCCAAAAUAAUAUAAUUACAGAUAUCACGGGCCUCCUGGCUCUAAGACCUCAA